UUCCCGCGCGUCUACCUCGACAAAGUCACGCUCCGAUACGCACGAGCAGACGCGCGCGCAAACGGGAGAGCAUUUCACGCGCGGCAGAUGCUUCCGCGUCCUCGCUGAGAUGAUGGCUCUGUGGACGCUGAUCUGCAUCCUUGCCAUUGUGAAAAGCAGUCAUGGGGCAGAUACAGAAGAGAGACUGGUGGAGCACCUUCUUAAUCCAGCUCACUACAACAAACUGAUCCGGCCAGCCACCAAUGGGUCAGAACUAGUGACAGUGCAACUGAUGGUUUCACUGGCCCAGCUCAUCAGUGUACAUGAGCGAGAACAGAUCAUGACUACUAACGUCUGGCUCACGCAGGAGUGGCAGGACUACCGGCUAAUAUGGACCCCAGAUGAGUUUGAUGGCAUGAAGAAGGUCCGCCUUCCCUCCAAACAUAUUUGGUUACCUGAUGUUGUUCUUUACAACAAUGCUGAUGGCAUGUACGAGGUCUCCUUCUAUUCCAACGCUGUCGUCUCCUAUGAUGGCAGUGUCUUCUGGUUGCCACCAGCGAUCUAUAAGAGUGCCUGUAAAAUCGAGGUGAAGCACUUCCCAUUCGACCAGCAGAACUGCACACUAAGCUUCCGCUCAUGGACAUAUGACCGCACAGAAGUAGACCUGGUUCUGCGAGCAGAUGUAGCCAGCAUGGAUGACUUCACACCCAGCGGAGAGUGGGACAUCAUCGCUCUGCCCGGCCGUCGGAACGAGAACCCCUCCGACCCAACCUACGUAGACAUCACUUACGACUUCAUCAUCCGUCGCAAACCUCUCUUCUACACCAUCAAUCUCAUCAUUCCUUGUGUCCUCAUCACCUCGCUGGCCAUCCUGGUGUUCUACCUGCCUUCGGACUGUGGGGAAAAGAUGACUCUGUGUAUCUCGGUCCUUCUUGCCCUUACUGUGUUCCUGCUUCUGAUCUCCAAGAUUGUGCCACCCACAUCUCUGGAUGUUCCUCUGGUUGGGAAGUAUCUGAUGUUCACCAUGGUACUGGUGACAUUCUCCAUUGUGACGAGUGUUUGCGUGCUGAACGUGCAUCAUCGGUCACCCACCACACACACCAUGCCACCAUGGGUAAAGCUUGUGUUCCUCAACAAGCUCCCUGCUUUGCUCUUCAUGCGGCAGCCACGCAACAGCAGUGAAAGGCAGCGUUUACGCCAACGACGAUGUGCCAAUGAACAGCAGGACGGUGGGCGAGGGGGUCUGGCUGCCGGGCUUAUGGCAGGGCUGAGCCUGAGCGGCUCCAUGUCUGGGAGCAAAGAGAACAAUGAGGCGUGCACUUGCUAUGUGAACCGAGCCUCAGUGAAACAGUUUGGGGCAGAGCUGGGUGGAAGUGGAGGGGAAGGAGGGGGGUCAAAAGAUGGACUAAACGGGUUAAGGGAAGGGGGAAGAGAUGCCAGAGAAGGAGGUUCGAAUACAUUACAGAGUUCUGCUCUGCCUCGUGGGAAGCAGCAGCCCCCUACUGUCCUCACGCAGGCUUUGCUGGCCCAGGCCUGCCCAGGGUUCGAGGAGGCUGUAGACGGAGUCCGCUUCAUUGCAAACCACAUGAAGAGUGAGGACGAUGACCGUAGUGUGAGCGAGGACUGGAAGUAUGUCGCUAUGGUGAUUGAUCGCCUGUUCCUUUGGAUCUUUGUUUUUGUGUGUGUUUUCGGCACAAUCGGAAUGUUCCUUCAACCGCUGUUCCAAAACUACACAGCCAAAACCAUCACCAACACACCCGGCUGACUAAUUAGCAAGCCCUUCCACACCAAUGGACACUACCCACCAUCAGCUGCGACGAGAGGGCGAAAGGAGAAGAAGGGGUCUGCCCAAGGGGAGGUGAAUUGUAACUUACCAACAUGUUCCUCUGGACUAACUAGGUUUAUAUGGACAUUUUUGGAUUAUCACAACAAAAACAUGGAAGUGGGUCCAGGAUUCUCGUUCAGGGCUCUCGUCCAAUCCACCUUCCCUUCCUUUUAGGUGAAAAACCUCACAAUCCAAAUGGAGAGAAAGGUUACACCUGAUUACAUUGCUCUGCAGCCAAUCAGCACUCUUCUCUGCAAAUAGAAAGCCAUCCAAUGCCCACAAGCUCCACAAUGAGCCUUCUGCUGUUUGUUUUCAUCUAGCCAGUCAUAGACAAAUUGAAAUGCCUGUUCUUUAUCAUUUCCAGGGGACUUUCACAGCUAAAUUCUUAUUUAGAAUUUUGUCUUAUUUAUUUCUUAUGGUCUAGAAGCCUGUCAUAAUCUGUGUAUCACAAAUACAGCAGCAUUAUUCUCAUUUUUGUGUGAAGACACGAGUGUCUGGUAUUUGAAACUGAGCUUUGAUGCAGUAUUGUAUUAUUAAUACAAUCAAUGAAUUUUACUACUAGAGCACACAACAUUAAGGAUGCCAGAUAAGUGAUAAACAGAGUAAGCUUGACAAAGUGGUUUGCAGGGAACAGCAACAAUGUCCCGAGGCCUGUGAUGAGGAGAGGCCCACUAAGGUCCUCUGUGGUAUAGACUCACUGAGCCUUUUAAAAGAAAUUCUUUAGCCCCAGUGGGCCUCUCCUCUCCUACUUUGAGUCAUUUUAGCACCAUGGAGACAUUACGGGGUCUAGGAAAGACUAGCUACUGACAAAAUUCCUCCUGUCAAAUAUGAGAGAAACACUGAAAUGCCAAACUGUCAUGAACAUGUUAUGAACAUGAAAUGUCAAGAUGAAAUGUAUGCAAUUCUGCAGUUUUUUUAACUCUGUUAAAGCUUUGAGAAGCUGAUUGAAUAUGAGCAGUGCUGAAUGGGUGUUAAGCCUCCUAUAAAAUUAAUAUUGCUUCCAUCAUUCCAUGCUCUUCUCUCUCUUUCCUCUUUCUUGUCUCAUGUCCUUGUCUACCUCUCAUCUCUCCUUUCUCUAAUCUGUGCUCUUGUAUAUUGCAACAUGCCUAUGUGCUUUGUGCAGUUAUGUGUGUUGCCACACAUAAUUGUGAGUGCACAUAUCUGGACUAUAUUUAUGAUUGUAGUCCGUCUCAGCUGCUGUGCAGGAGGACAGUGCUCUUCCACACUAAACCACAUUUGUAUCAAACUCCCUCCUUAACUUUGUCUUCACUCUAUUCACCAGUUCCUUUAUUCUGAAAUCACACCUGGGUCAUCCACACCACAGUACUGCCUCCUUAGAAAUACAGAAUAGCUGCUUUUGAAAAUGUAAAGGCAUUGCUUUGGUCUUUGACUUUGGAGAUUUUUUUUUAUUUCAUGUCAUUAUUUAAUGGAAAUAUACAUGUAUUUUGCACUGCCGAUAACUCAUGAACACUGUACUGUUGUGACACUUUUGCGCAUGAUAUCUCAGUGCAAAAAGUCUUAUUUACUAAUCACCCUCCAUCCAGUUUAACUUGGAAACAAAUGUGCUGAAAUAGCACUGCUUUGUGAGUGAUAAGUGUUAAAUUCAGUGUGUGUUAAAUCAAGUAAUUGUCCAUUUUUUUAAGCAAAAAAUGACAGUGUUAUUCCAAACCUGCAUGACAUUCUUGGAACAGAAUAGGCAGUAUUAGUCUAAUAAGUCACUAUUCACAUUUAUUGUAUCUUUUUUCCAUUAAAUGAAUCUGAAUUGUGACUGAGGCUGUCAUUCUGCCUAACAUCUCCUCUUGUGUUCCAAGGAAGAAAGUAUUAUGGGUUUGGAACAACAUGAGGGUAAGUAAAUGAUGAAAGAACUAUCCCUUUAAGUAAGCAAUUUCCAAAACUCAUCUUUCAGAGAACAGUUUGUACUAACAUAUUCUUCCAAGGAUUAAAAUUAUUUUCUGGACAAUUCAUCCUGAGCGCUAUAAAUGACCUUGUUCGUACAUGAGUUGUGCUUUGUUGGCAACUUGAUGAGUCCUCUCCAGUCAUUAUGCUCAGGUCAUAUCAAUCUUCUCAUACCUCCUCUCAAAUUCCCCUCACCAGCACUGAUCUGCAAAAAGCCCUAUUAUAAACCGCAAAGCUGCAUAGCACUGCUGCUCUAUUGCAUUACCAUAUCCUGACUGUGCUUUUAAAGAUACAACAGCAUAAGGGUGAGUCAUGCUACACUGAAUAAAUAAAUAAAUAAAACAUGUUCUUAA